CCAUAUCCUCAACCCUAACCUUUUUUAUGAGAUUCAAUUCAAAAGCCGCCAUUUUCCCUCUUCUCUAGCUCUACCUUUAACUUUUAACCCUUGCUAACAAUUAAGGCUUUUCAUCAAAUUUUCAUUUAAAUUUCUAUAUACAUGAACAAACUCAAACAAUAUGAACGUGUUUUCAACCACUUUGACUCCAACGGCGACGGGAGAAUAUCCUCAUGCGAGUUGCAACAGUGCGUGGGAGCAAUAGGAGGCGAGCUUUCGAAAGCUGAGGCUGAGGCGGUGAUGGAGUACUUAGAUUCAGACGGAGAUGGGUUGUUGGGGUUAGAUGACUUUGUUAAGUUGGUUGAAGAAGGUGAAGAAGAAGACAAAGUUAAAGAUUUGAGAGAGGCUUUUAAGAUGUAUCAUGAAAUGGACGGUUCUGAUUGUAUUACUCCAAAAAGUCUUAAGAAAAUGCUUAGUAGACUCGGUGAGUCUAAGACCGUUGACGAGUGUAAAAUUAUGAUUUCUAGAUUUGAUCUCGAUGGGGAUGGUGUUCUCAAUUUUGAUGAGUUUAAGGUUAUGAUGUUGUGAUUAUUAAACUGUGACGUAGUAGUAAUUAAGUACGUAAUGCAUAUGAUAUGUACGUAAUGCAUAUGAUAUAUGAUGUAAUUCAUUCAUUUUUAUUAUAUUAGAAUUAAUAUUCAUUAUUAAUAAUAAUAUAUUUUUUAUGUCUU